GCGUGUUUCCGGAAGACGUGGCGGCUCUCGCCUGGGCGCUCUCCCGGCUCCUCCGCUCGGACUCGCCUUCCCCGGCUCGGGCCCCGACGUGCCGGCCCCGGCGCCCCCUCGGCCGCAGCCAUGAUCUCCCUGACGGACACGCAGAAAAUUGGAAUGGGAUUAACGGGAUUUGGAGUGUUUUUCCUGUUCUUUGGGAUGAUUCUCUUUUUUGACAAAGCACUACUGGCUAUUGGAAAUGUCUUGUUUGUGGCUGGCCUCGCUUUCGUAAUUGGUUUAGAAAGGACUUUCAGAUUCUUCUUCCAGAAACAUAAAAUGAAAGCAACUGGGUUUUUCCUGGGGGGCGUGUUUGUCGUCCUGGUGGGCUGGCCGCUGAUCGGCAUGAUCUUCGAGAUCUACGGGUUCUUCCUCCUGUUCAGGGGCUUCUUUCCUGUGGUGGUCGGCUUUAUCAGAAGAGUGCCAGUCCUGGGAUCGCUCUUGAACUUACCUGGAAUUAGAUCAUUCGUAGAUAAAGUUGGAGAAAGCAACACUAUGGUAUAACAGCAGUGACUAGAAGACUCAUUUAAAAUAUUGUGUUAUUUAUGAAAUCCUUUGAAGAAUACUCAGCACAAAAUUAAGUUACAUGAAAUAGCUUGUAAUGUGCUUUACGGAAGUUUAAAAACGUGUAGCGUACAACGUACCAAGAGCAGUUAACAAAGACGCAGUGAGAACGGGAUUCUAAUCAAGUCAUCUAUGAAGAAGCAAGAAAGUGAAGGCGGUGACGCGUGUGUCCCGACGCAUGUGGGAACUCUUGAGGGUGACUUUGGUCUCCAUCAUGCGCUCAGCACGGCCCUCCCUACAGCGCAGUGGCGCCUGUUCCUUUGUGUUUGUGCCGGAAAGGGCAGCAGUGCCCAGAGACGUGCUUUUUAAAGACGUCCACUGUGCUGACAGAACUGUUUCCAGUUGCGCUGUGUUGCUGCAACUGACACAUGAAUUAGAUUGGAUUUGUCUCUUCAGUGGAUUAAAACCAAGGAAAACCCAGUAUUGAUGUAGGAAUCACAGCCACCCCCUCCUCCCGCCCCUUUUGGGUAAGCAUAAGGUUUCAAAUUAAUUUUUUGUAGUUCUUAUGAAUUAGUAUUUUAAAACCAGGUGAAAAUCUGAACUGCAUAGUGUGUUGGAAUAUGCGAAGGUCAUUCUUUAUUAGCACGUAACUCUGGAUUAGAGCUGUCCCCCUCUCUGAGUCAGCAGCGUGCCCUCGGGACACCCCCACUUCCUGGGACCUGACCCAACUGUCCGCAUCAUUUGUUACCCGGAAGCGCUUAACUAAAGCAUUCUUGGCCAUGACUUAGUCUGUUACAUAGCUUGUUUCAUGAUCUUUUAUUUAAAAUAUUAAAUGAUGCAAACCAAAUGGAUUUUUUUAAUGCCAUGACGUUUUCCCUUUUUUUUUUUUUUAAUUUUGCCUUUUUUUUUUUCUUUCCAUAACGUAUCUGUUGGUAACAUUUACUUUUUAGGUAUGAUAUGUGAAAAGGUUAAGUUGAUAGCUUUUUGUAAGGGCUAUUCAUGUAAACUGACUUUUCCCUCAUUUUCAGCCUUUUCAUCAAAAAUCAGCAUGCAAUGGCUGCUUGCAUUAUCUGGUCACUCUUCAUUUUGGGUUCAAGGUGAAAAGACCUGAGUCUCGAUGCUAAAGUUAUUUUGCUGUAAUAAAACUAAUGGUAGUUUCUUGAAAACAAAACACUAAAAUAAAGAUGAUGUUGUGUGUGUUUUAUUUUUCUACCAUCACUGCUUGCCAAGUUGUAAGAAUCAACGGUUGUUUCUCCAUCGGAUUGUGUUCUGAGACGGCAGCUUUUUGUGAUAGACGUUGGAACACAUCUCACCGGCCAUAGUACUAUUUGUUUUACCACUAACAAUUGCAUUAUUUACUUUAAAGAAAGAAAAGGAAAGGAAAAAAAAACCUGUUACACAGCUUUUUAAUGUUAUAAAAUCAUCAUUUAAAAUUUGUGAUUUUUAUUUACAAACACGUCUGCAAAAUAGGUCCCAACUUCAGUUAUUAAGUUAAAUCUCUUUGUGUGCAGAGAACUCCCAAAUUCGCUCAUCUGAAGAAGCAAAGAUGGUCUGUAGCUAAUGGUUCUGUCUUGCGGGUCACGAUUUUGUUCUUUAUUGGGGGGAGGGGGGGAAGGGUGGUGCUUUUUGGUACUAGCAUUUGACUUAUAAUCUGUGAAAAUAGAUGAUAUUGACUAAAUGAGACUCCUACCUCAAUAGUUCAUGGAAUCACAAGAGACCUAUUGUUGUGUCUAAUGUUCUUCAAAAAAGUAAUAUCCUCACUUAGAGAGUGUCAAGUAUAUAUAUAUACAUAUAUAUAUAUAUAUAAUUUGGGGGGUUGACUGUACAAGUUGCCCUGUAGAACUCUGUUACAUAUAUUUUUGACUAACCCAUCUUAUUUACAUAGCUAGGCAAUUCUACCUUUAUAGAGCAAGAAUAAUACCUGUUCAUAUAAGGAACAUCUGUAUUAUUGAACUCUUUUGUAGACAUGACUUUCUAUCAGAACGUCCUUUGCACUCUUAACAGAGAUCUCUUUUCAGUUUUAUUUUAGAAGCCAUUAUUAGAAGCACGUAGAAGGGUUCCAUAACCUCCCGGUCCUUGUACGCUAAGAGGCUAAGCAGAUUUUAGUUUUAAGUGAGUCCCCAGUUCCUCUCAAAUGUGAACUGCGUGGCAGCAUUGCACGUUUCUCACUCAGAGCCAUUGAUCGGGCUCUGCUGUUCAGCAACUGAGUCUUCCGACAGAAAGCACUGUACAUCCCAUGGUUUCUUCCUUUCAAAAACGAGCCUUCUGUCUCCGUGACAAAAUGUACUCUGAUUCUUGCUGUAAAGAUGGAGGGAAAGGUCUAGUACUCUUAGCCUUAAGUGUUUUUGGCAUUGUUCAAAUGUAUUUUCUGUAAUAGAAACCGAUUUGGAAUGUUUUUCUUUUCUCCUUAUAAAAAAUCAUAAUUUCCGGAAAACUGCUGCUUUAAAAAAAAAAAGUCUCACAGAUUAUAUGAUCUAACGAACUGAAUAUUGUAAAUACACUUGUCUUACUUCUCAAUAAAAGGGUACUUUUCUAUG